AAUAACUUUCCUUUUGCUUUCGUUUUUUAAGACUGCUUGCAGUAGUUGCUCUUGCUUCUUUAUGUUCAUCUUUUCUCUGUCAAAUUGCUGUGUGAAGUGUUAAAGUCGGUGUUGGAUUAGAUACUUGACUCUGUCAAAAUGGACAGUGUUCUGCCGGAGUUGACUUGUCUUGUCUGCCUUGAGAUACUAAAUGAUCCCCACCAGUUCCCAUGUGGACACAGCUACUGCCUGCCCUGCAUCCACAGCAUGAGGCACCACAACAAUUACAGCUGUCCUGAAUGUCGAAGAGAAUUCACAGACAACAGUGAUAUCGUCAGAAACUAUAGGCUGGCUAACAUUGCCAACACAUUCCGCAAACAUCAACAGAGGACUGAGGGUAAAACUGUUACAGGGGCCUCUGAGACGCCUGGUGUGAGCUGGUUACAGCUGAUGAUCAUACUCCUAACAAUUAUUGCCCUCUUAAAAAUGUACUCCCUUUGGAAGAUCGCAGAUGAAGAUUAUCAGAUGCAGCUGGAAAUCCACCCUUCAGACCUCCCAAACCAGGUUACCCAGCAUGGUCUCUUUCUGCCAAGAGUGAUCUGGACACUUGUGUCUCUACUCUCCCUGCUCCUCCAGAUCCUUUGGCUCCCCCUAUGGGUGUUGUGGUGGUUUGCCUCCACACUAUUGUGGCUGAUAUGUUUGUGUGUGGAGUUUAUCAUGUCUUGCCUCUUACAGGUUUUUGCUUGGUUAUGCAAUGCUACAUAUUUUAUAUUCAAUGUCCUUGUGUGUGUUUGUGGUAUUGUUUACAUUCUGAAUUUGGAGGGUAGGCUUACGUGAAGUAUCCUAACAUGAAAAGUAGCCCACAGAAUGCUUUAAUCUAGAGAUUCUCCACUACUGACCAAAAUUUGGGUCAAGGAAGAUUUUGAAAGGUGUAAAUAAAUUAAUAUAUACAGUA